UAGAUUCUGAAGCCUUACAGAAUUGGGAACGCAGAAAUGGGGACAAGGGCUCUCUCUCUGUCACCCUCACACUCACACAAUGGUUUUGUUCCCAGAAUAGGGAUAGCCCAGAACUUGAUGGCCAAACAGGGCGUUAAAAGAACAGCCAAAUUAUGCAGAGUUUCAGCAAAGCUAGAGGAGCAAGAUAAGGAGCCUAAGGAAGACCCCAACAAGAGAAAGCAAUCCUUGUUUGGGGCAGUGACAGAAGCUCUUGAUUUUUCCCAGGUUAGGUCUGCCAAGGAUGGCGAGCUUCUGGAGGAGGCCAGAGAAGCCACCCAAUCCGGCGGCAGGAUGAGCAGAGAACAGUAUGGAGCUCUUAGAAGGAAGAUUGGGGGAACAUACAAGGAUUUCUUUAAAUCUUACAUUGAAGUGGAUGGACAAUAUGUGGAGGAAGGUUGGGUUGACAAAACAUGUAAAAUCUGCAAGAAAGACACGAGAGGGGAAGCCAGACAAGUGGACAAGUUUGGCAGAUACGUUCAUGUGGCUUGCUCGGAACAGUCUAAAUCUGGGAAUUUCUUUACCAGGCUCUUCUCAAUAUGAUGAACCUAAUGCUUGAAAUGUCUUUAUCUUUUGUUUUGUUUUCUUAACUUUUUUUGUAGUGAAUACAUGGAAAAGCAUGAUUUAAUUUAAGAGGAUUGCAAUAUUUGUUGUAUGA